AUGGAUGCCGGACCAUCGAAACGAGCACACGGCUGGGAUCACCUGCAAGGACUCGACGAGGCAUCAGCAAAGCGCCCAAGACUUGCGCCUUCGUCGGAUACCCCACUGACUGCUCCAGCAAUGGCUCAUCAAAUGGAUCCUUCACCGUGCGCCGGAGUCCCAGUGGCCAACAUGCAUGAGGAGAUGCAGUGGAUACAGCAUCAUCAGGAGCUUUGCCUCCAGUGGGCCGCCGCCAGUGUUAGGCUUCCGGAAGGUCCCGUGGGUUCGCUGCCUCGGCAGGCCUCCAUGGAGGAAGACUUGCCACCUGCCCAUCAGGGCCAUGCUCCUUUCAUCAACUUCCAAAUGGGCCUCAUUUGCGAGCGCAUGAUGAAGGAACGCCAGAACCGCACGCGUGAGGAGUUCGACCAUGUGUUCUCUGCGUAG